GUAGUCAGAUAUGCGUCUGGCCAGUGUCACACUUUCUUCCGGCCAACAACACAACGCUCAGUCAAGCUGCACCUUACUGUUACUUUUUGCAAGACAUUGGAGAGUUGCGAGUAGCGUGUUUCGUGCCGCACUUUGUCUUCUUCUCACUUGGUCACUCCUGGACGGUGCGAACUAUUACUUGUUCUUAGCGCUAUCUUCGGCAAGUGUUUCUGGUUCUGAGGGCAGUAAGGCGAGCAGAUUCGUGCCAGUUGGCUGUACUGUGAUAGCACUGGCAGUAAAAAUCCGGUGUUGACCGUUAGCGCAUUUUGAGUUUAGUUCGCUGUGAUAUCAGUGUAACGGGCAUAGCCGCAUCAUGAGCGAAGGAGAGCAGCUUACGAUCUCUCUGUCUGGCGGCGGACCGUGGGGACUUCGCCUUCAAGGUGGCAAGGACUUCGGUGCGCCAUUGACCAUUGCCAGGGUAACACCAGCUGGCAAAGCGGACAAGUCUGGCGUAAAGCCAAAUGACAUCCUGGUAUCUAUAAACGGAACAUCUACGUUAUCCAUUCCACACAUUGACGCACAGCAGCUGGUGAAGAGUGCUGGCAAAGCUCUGAAACUUGAACUUAUCCGGGGUCGUGACUUGGUUGCACACCCGCUAUCUGUUCCAACUUCGUCAGCAAGCUCAGCCAGCUCCAGCCCUAGACCAUCUUUAACCGGCCGACCAGGCCCACCAUGGCAGCCAAGGCGUGAAUCAAGUGGCCCGGCGGAUGCUGUGGACGAGUUACCGCCACCACCUCCAUUUGUGACGGAUAGUGAUACAUCGGGUGCAACUAGCAAGACCGUGUCUCCGCAGCCACCGCCCCAGCCAGUGACGCCAUCACAUACUUGGAGUCAGGUUGCAGACGGUCCCCAGGAGCAGAAAUGCCCUAUACCGGGUGAAGUGGCGGACAUUGCAGCCAGGAAAAGUCAGUCACCGAAUGAUGGACGACGCGUAUCCAAGGAUGAGGAUGUUGUACUCGGGGGCGCUUUCAAGCGUCUGCAGAGAGAAGUCGAGAAUAUGGAAGUUGGAGAUGAGCCUGUGCCGAGUGCACUAAGCCCAGGGGCGUCCAAAACGUCUUCUGCCUCAGUGUCGACCGGACGCCGCGUUAGUGGCCCUAGCACCGCUAGUCCUGCGUCCCAGCCGCGGGCGCACCAUUCUGGUGCUAGCCCCGUAACUGCACGGGGUGCAUCGCCAAAUAGUGGUGCUGCUGCAGCUCGAGCCACUGCAUCACCACCUGCCAGAGCUGCUCCAGCAAAUGGUGGUGGCGCCUCACCAAGCGUCAAGAUGAACUUAGCUGCCAAUCUUGCCAAGCUCCAAGCCUCGGAGCAGCUACAGAAAGAGCAAAAAUCGAUGACGGAUGGAAGAUCUGUACCUCGUGAUGAUGCUGCGAAGCGAAUUGGAGUGGCGUCUAGCCGAGUGCCAGUUUGCGGUGGCUGUGACUCCCCUAUUGAUGGUCCGUACGUUCAGGCUGUUGGAAAGCAGUGGCAUGCCGAGCACUUUGUCUGCUCCUCGUGUGGCACGCAGCUGAGGAACUGUCCGUUUGUGGAGCACGAAGGAAAGAUGUUCUGUGAGAAAUGCUACACGGAAUACUUUGCCUCGCGCUGCUCCGUAUGCAGUAAGACAGUAAAGGGGGAGUGUGUAUCAGCGGGCGGUAAAGAGAUGCACCCGGCGUGCUUUCGCUGUGUUCGCUGCGGAAGUAGCCUUGCUGGCCAGGGUUUCCACGAGCAGGAUGGCAACUUCUACUGCAGUGAUGAUUAUGAGGCACUAUUCUCUGUGAUAUGUACGGGCUGUGAACAGCCAGUCAAGAACAAUGAGCUGUGGGUGGAAGCACUGGGAGGCCAAUGGCAUGAGACUUGCUUUUUAUGCACGGUGUGUCACAAACCACUGCAAGGAGGUAGGUUUUUCGCCAAGCUUGGCCGACCCUACUGCAAAGACCAUGCUUGAAUCGAAUUAUUCAUGUUUAUGUUUUUCUCUGCUAUGUGCACACCUCCCCCCCCCCCCCCCCCCCCCCAUGCAGCUAUCAUUCUGAUAUUGCCUUUACCCGCAAUCUGGCACGUCAUAUGGUUUUUUUGUUCUAGCUCCAUUUGAAGAAUAUUCCAGUAGGUAGGACAUCGCAGGUUUCAGGCACAUUCCUUAUUUCAUUCUAUUUCAAGAUUUCACAAUUUUCACUUGGUGCAAUUAUCACCACUAGCUACUAAACUGGCAAUAGCAGCAAAUUUCAGCAGAAUUGAUAGGUUGCCAUUGUCAUAGAUUGUACUAAUUGUUCUGUAAUAGUAGCCCAUCACUAUUGAAUAUCAUCUGCAUUACGAUGAUGAGAGAGCUCUUUCCUAUCACUAUUUUGUUGUGUAUGAAUUUGGCAGUAAAUGCA